GGGACAUUUGAUAGGAAUAAAAAAAAACUUCGAUUGCAUCAUUGAAUUUUUAAGAUAAACAAAUGACAAACUGGUUAAUCUCAUAGGGGGAAGAUGGAUUAUAAGUGAUUUCAGAUUCGACUUUUUUGUUAAAUGGUCAAGGUCGCAAAGAUCUUAAGUGCAACAUCGAAAGUUUGCUGUAGUUGGAAGCUUAUCCAGUCUUAUUCCUGACGUAACAGGAGUUUCUAAGAAGUUACGAAGCGCCGGGUGAGUGAAAUUCUGGCUUUGUAGGUUUUUCUUUCAACGAUUGUCAUAUUCACUUGAUGGUAUCAUUCUUGAGUGCGGUCUGAAAGUUUGUCCGCCAUGCAGCUCGUCGGUUUACUCUUACGUUUGAGUUUACAUGUUCGCCGCAGUCCUGCCAAAACCAAUCCUACGACGUGUUUGCUUAAAGAGCCUCGGGAUUAAGAUUAAGUGUUAUCCACGUAAAUUAUAAGUAGCAUUAUUAGCUUUGUGUUGAUAAAAGGUUAAUAUUAACGGAGAAAAACCCUCUCCCGUUGCAUGUUUCACACCUAAACUUGUUCUUUAUAACGGGUAGUAUAUUUCGUUCGACUGUCAGAGAUUCCACUGAUACAAAAGCUGGUCAACAUAACGAAAUCAGUCGGCCUUCAGUUGCAAGGCCAGCUUUACCAAAAAAUGAUUUCAUAUUUACUAACUUGAUGGUUGCCUUUGUCCCCUUAUUUCGGCUUUCACGGUCCCCAUGACCUUGAUAUGAAAAAGCAAUGAAAAGCACCGAAGCCUUGACCUUGGCUACAAUGAAAAUUGGAGGGAAAUUUACCGUGCGUGACUGAAUCGCUGCAUUGUUGAUCAGUUGUCAAUUCUGUUAAAGUACCGAGUUCUUAGUCAGUGAAGAACUGCUGUUCAUUUGCCAAAACUAACUUUUAAAUUUUAACUUAAUUUGAAUUCUUAGCUUAUGCCCCAUUCACACCAAAGCUUAAACAUGUUUAAAAGUUGUUUUGUUAAACACAGUUUAAUUUUUUUUUUCUUCAUAGAAACUAUUUAACCGAAUAUUUUUGACUUGAAUGUAGCACAUUGGAAAUGCCGUAGUCCAAGUUUUUCAGUACUCUGUUUAUAAUUUUCAUUCAAUGAAAACCAGUUUAACAAAACAUGUUUUGCUGGUGUGAAUGGGGUAUUACUCUUCCGUAGUCCUUCAGUGCCUUACAAGCUAUAAGCAACUCAUCACUUACGUAACAAGGGUGAUCGUGCCUCAUCAUGCUUUGAGUUAAACGAAUGGACUUUCUUAUUUAAGAAAAUAUUUUUAUGUUCAGUGUAUUCUUUUAACACGCGUACGAUUAAUUUUUGUAUUCCAAUGGGUCUAUGGUAUAUCAGGUGAGCCCUUCCCACACCCCUCUAUAUACCAUAUACGGCGGUGACUUCCUUUGCUAUAAAUAAACUGACGCCAAACAAUAAACAAUGAUAUCAAAAUUCGUGCAACAUAAUCCAACAAAAUUAUUCAAUCUUUCUUUCAACCCACUUACGCGUGUCAUGAUUAUUUCCCUAUUUCGUUUUCAUUUUUAGGCCUUCAUUUGCAGCUGAAAUAUCAAGAGUUUCCUGCAGUCAGUGACAGUGACAUUUAACUGCAAGAACUAACAGGGAAGCUUAUAAAAUGUGUGAUAAAUUGAAGCACAAGAUCGUUAAAAGCGAAGCAAAACCAGAUAAAGUCACGACAGUCGAACUUCAUGUAGACGAAGAUUGUCCUGAUGGCGGGUACGGUUGGAUCAUUUGUAUGGCUGCUGCCAUCAUUCAGUUCAUUAUCCUGGGUAUUCAUAACAACUUUGGAAUUCUCUACACCUCUUUGAUAAGCGAUCUUCAUUUUAAACCUUCAGAUGCAGGUAAAAAUUUCAAUUUUCAAAGAUUUACAGGGGAACUGACUGAUUAGUUGUUCAGAAAUUUUGUCGGGUAAUCCGGGUUAUGAUUGCACGCAAAACAAAAAUUAUUCUGCGCCUUCGAGACGAAGGGUUCUCUUCUCUUUUAUAUAUUAUUUUCAAUACUAUAUUUGCGUCGUACGCGAAUGAACUUGUUCAUCAAGGGAAAGUCUGUCUCUACGGGGCGCCAAGAGCGAGUGAAUUAUUAAGCCGUUUUUAUUUACAUCUAUCGAAAGAGUCAACUCGAAGAUUUUUCUAUCAUAGUUAGAAAAAUGUUGUCGUUUAGGAAAGGAAAUAAAUUGAAGUAGAAAAGGGGUUGUACAUUUUUUUUCUACAUGGCGAUCCGUUAUUUGAGACCUCUAGUGAAUAUAAAUUUUCUACUUACGUAACAUAUUAAUAAGUUACUUGUAUCGUCGGGAAAACCCUAUGCCCAGUAAAGAUAAACGCUCAGGUGGCGUGAUCAAUGUAUAUUCCACAUUCGUUACCUCUGCCUUCUUCUUAGGCCUCUCUGGGUAUACAAGGCAAUAUUUGUUAUCUACCAUAGAUUCUUAAGUAGCGUUACUUCAUUUCAAUUUAUCGGUGAACUGCAAUUUGCAAGAAAAACAAAGGUCACAACAACUCGUGAUUUCUUUAAGGUCUCAAAGUCGAUAAAUCUGGUUAGUGCUUUUUUGCAGUCACGACUGAAAGGAUAUGCUUGAAUUUCGGUGAUUGACCUGACUUGUUAAUUACCAUAUUCGCCAUAUCCAAUUGAAUUUUAACGGGAAAGAGUAUAGAGCAAUGUUUAAUUUUGAAAAUUCUUCGGUCCAGACUAGGAUGAAGAGGCCGGUCAUGCGCGAUCCAACGUCAUUGAUCAGUUUUCUUGUGAAAGUUUACUCGACAAAUGUUCUGUGUUAGGGCCAAGUUGCUGAGUCACUAUAGUCAUGUGCCAUGUUUUGGUUUGAUCUGACUAGCAUAAUCCCACAAUUAUUUUCAAAACUGUGCGCCAAUUUAGACAAAUUAAGUGAAACAAUCAUUUUUGCCGUCGUUCGUGAAGUUUGGCUGUGUGUAUUGGAAGAACUUAGGCAUGAAGCAACGAAGGAUAAAAGGUUUAAGUGCGUAGUCUGUGAUUAAAGAGUCACCGCGCUAAUAACACUUCACUCCCUACUCUUUAGCUUGGAUUGGUUCCAUUGCGUUUGGGAUGAACUUCCUCUGUGGUCCAAUCACCAGCAGCUUAUGUCAGAGAUACGGCAUUCGUUUGGUGGCGGCGGCUGGAGGUUUUUUUGCUUCCCUGGGCCUCUUCCUAACGUCAUUCACUAACAGCCUCUACGUCAUUUACCUCACUUACAGUUUCCUUUGGGGCUUUGGCUCCAGUCUAAACUAUGCUCCAACUAUGCUUGUAUUGGGUAAGUAAGAGAUCUGUGGCUCAAAUGAAAGUUUUUACAUGAGAAAGCCAACAACAGGCACUGCAUCGCUGCAUUCUCUUUUCACAACUGUUAACUUUCAUAAGAGGCCAUGAAAUCGAAAGGUUGGAGAUAGGAUAGUCUGAAAGCUUUCUUCAUUUUCUAUUUACUUCUCCAGGUCAAUAUUUCAAAAGGUAUCUUCCAUUAGCAAACGGAAUAGUUACAGCUGGAAGUGGUGUCGGCACCUUAGCAAUGGGACCAUUGUUUCAUGUCAUUCUCUCAUCAAUGGGCUGGAAAAAAAUGCUCAGGAUUUUCUCUGGUUUAGGAAUUGUCAUGCUCAUAUGCGCUCUGCUUUACCGUCCCCUCCCUGCUAAGUAUAAACGUGCUCAAAAACAGCCUGAAAAGAAGACGAAGUUGUUUGACUUUUCUGUGUGGAAAAUGAAGUCAUUUGUGUUCUGGGUGAUCUCCAUGUCUCUCUUGUUUAUUGGCUAUUUUGUUCCGUUUAUUCAUUUGGUAAGUUCGGCAAUUUUUAUUAUAAUAAAAUCUUAUAGUUGAAUCUAUUUCGACAGCAAUUCAGAUGAUGCAAAGGUCUUUACUUGCGUUGGGGUUUUAUUGUUUCACUGAAGUGAAACCUUAUGAGACUUCGAGAUUCUGAAGCUGAUGAAAGAACCUUUUUAUCGUGCUCUUGAUUUGUUGCUCGUGCUAACUUUCAUCAUUUAUUUUGAAUAACGCUGAAUUACAGUGGUUUAGGUUAAGCGAUAAAAGGGAACUCGGUAACCGCAUAUUGACUCAAAUAACGUGAAUGAUCAUUUCCUUAGAAGGUCAAAUACAAAUUUAAAUCAUACAACAGUGUGACAAACAAAAACAGAAAGCUUAAACCGAUCGGACUAUUUUGCUUAAAACAGCAAUUGUAUGUGUAAGUUUUGCAGUGAGAAGAAUUCCAUUCAGUCUACUUGGGCUUAAUACUUUGACACUUAAACAAACAUUCUACGUUUCUUUCUUUAAGCCCAAUCACGCAAAAAAUCUUGGAGUGCCUGGUUAUCAGUCCUCUCUGCUGGUCGGUUAUUUGUCUGUCGCCUCUACCGUAUCACGGGUUCUAUUUGGUCUUAUUCUUAAUCAUCCCAGAGUGAACCGCUUUUACGUGUUACAGGUAUUACUUGCACUUCUCUCUUUUAUUUUAAUUUUCAGCAGCACACUUUCGAUUAAUUUGGACGAUAUCCAGGGUACUGGAUCGAGCCCAUGAACUCGACGCUAGCUCGAGUUCCUGAGUUCAACUCUUGCUAGUUGAUACCAAAUUUAAACAUCUGAAUGAAAUCUUGUAUUCGCUUUUAGCUCUGUUUCCUCAUGAUGUCAGUGACCACCACUUUAUGUCCCCUUGCACGAGAUUAUACUGGUCUCAUUCUCUAUGCAGUAGGAUUUGGAGCAUUUGAUGGUUGCUUCGUUCUGUUGAUUGCUAUCACUACAAGUGAUAUAGUUGGAGCUGGAAAACUCCCUGAAGCUUUAGGAGGCUUAUAUGGGGUUAUCUCCAUUCCAAUGAUAUGUGGUUCGCCGCUUGCAGGUUUGUACAUGUUACUAAUAGGGGAGGGGGGGAAUGGAUUACAGGAACACUUAUGUGGCAUUUAUGCCGGUUUGUUACUAAUAGGGGGGGGGGGGAUGGAUUAUAGGAACACAUAUGUGGCAUUUAUGUGGGUUUGUUACUAAUAGGGGAGGGGGGGUGGAUUAUAGGAACACAUAUGUGGCAUUUAUGUGGGUUUGUUACUAAUAGGGGAGGGGGGAUGGAUUAUAGGAACACAUAUGUGGCAUUUAUGUGGGUUUGUUACUAAUAGGGGAGGGGGGGUGGAUUAUAGGAACACAUAUGUGGCAUUUAUGUGGGUUUGUUACUUACAGGGGAGGGGGGUGGAUUAUAGGAACACAUAUGUGGCAUUUAUGUGGGUAUUAUAGGAACAUAUGUGGCAUUUAUGUGGGUUUGUUACUAAUAGGGGAGGGGGGGGUGGAUUAUAGGAACACAUAUGUGGCAUUUAUGUGGGUUUGUUACUAAUAGGGGGGGGAUGGAUUAUAGGAACACAUAUGUGGCAUUUAUGUGGGUUUGUUACUAAUAGGGGAUGGAUUAUAGGAACACAUAUGUAGCAUUUAUGUGGGUUUGUUACUAAUAGGGGAGGGGGGGUGGAUUAUAGGAACACAUAUGUGGCAUUUAUGUGGGUUUGUUACUAAUAGGGGAGGGGGGAUGGAUUAUAGGAAUAUGUGGCAUUUAUGUGGGCUUUUUUCUUUGAAACUCUCCUUUCCACGCUUACUCUAAUGGACUAAUCUAAUGGACUAAUCUAAUGGACUACUCUAAUGGGCAGCGAACCCGACAUGUUAGAUCUUUUUGGGAAGAUUCUUACAAUUUUUUUGUUCGUUUCUUUCCAAGGGUUAAUUUUCCAAGUAACUGGCUCAUAUCAGAAUGCGUUCUUCGUUGCUGGUGGAGCAAUAGCGUUAGGUACUUGUACCUUGUCUCUAAUCCCACUCUUCAUGACGCGGGACGCACAUGAAGAGAUACCUACUGUUCGUGUCGAGCUUUGUGCAGAUCAUGUAGAAAAAGAAGACAAAAGUCAAGACAUUCUGGACAUAGUUUAUCACUCUUCGGGAAAACAAAGGAACUCUGGUUUUCUUUACGACACGAGUAAUUUUGCACUCAGGCGCUCUUUGUCAUGCUUGGCUCUUAGCAGGAUCGGGGAAUCCGUCUGUGGAACACAGUGUAUACUGGAAAUGCUUGAAAGAGAGUCCAAUGUAUAACGAACAAUGUAUUUGUCUUUUGAUUCAACGUUCAGUCACCAUCAACCUCAGGAGUAAUUAAGUAUCGAUCGGGAACGCGUGCGCUGAAUCUACAACGCCAUUUUUACAAUUCGUUGAUUCGCAAAAUGUAAGGGGAAUUCUCAAGAUUUUAACAUGCAUAUAGGAGCUACGUAAAUGUUUAUAUUUCAUGUUGAAAAAGUUACUUAUUACACCCUAGUAGGGUAAAAUGAAAAAAAAAAUUUACAAACAUAAUGCAUGCAUUACAACUGGUUUGAAACUUUUGAUCUGACGUUUAGUAUUUUGCACAACACAACUUUAAAACAGUGGUCACACGUGUGCAAAAAGAUUUAAUCACUGGCUUUAAAGUGAUCUGCGGGUAACAGGGAAACCGGUACUUCGAUUUUGUGGAUGAAAUCUAUAGGAUGAUCGUGCGUCGAUCGGUGAAAUAACUUGCUGACCACUUGGCCGAGGGGAAUUGGGUUCAAGGGGGCGGCGAGUCUUUCCAAUUCGGGACGAAUUUGAGCAUAUCGUUAAGAAGAUUAGGUGGGUGUUUAGCGCUAAAACUUUAUAACUUUCUGAUUAGCCAGAGAAAAUAAAAGACAGCCACCAAGAGUAAAGAAAGCAUUCAUUUCCAUGAUUCAACGGCAAAAAGACUUAAAAAACUUUUCUUGGCAAUAUUCUAUAAGCUCUUUGUUUUCCGGCAAGUCCCUCCCUGGACAACUGGAAUCUAUAAAAAAGCAAUGGUUCCCUCAAAAAGGGAACUGAAGCUAUAAGGGCUAAUCUAAGCCACCGAAGC